AUGAAAAGAAACAAAGCCGUAUAUGUAACGAAAGGUGAUUUAAGAAAAAAAAUAGCUACAAAAUAUAACUGUUGUUCAAAUCAAGCUUAUGGAAGUGCAAGAAAGCAUAUUGCAACUACAAAACUUGAUGACACUUUUAGGGACUACAAUUUACAAAAUGUCAGUAACUGGAGUCACUUAACUUGCUCCUGUAAUCAUUCUGGGAGAAAAUAUCAAGAAACUAGCUAUUUUACUACCAUGCUUAAGCAAAUGCCAUCGAAGAGUUUUAAUGAUAUAGGCGUCGGAAGUGUUAAAGCGUUUCAAAAGCGAAAAGUAAAAAAAAUCUACUUACCAGAGACAAAGGAAAGAGCCGUCGGAACUUUAGAUUUGUCUCUGUACAGAAACCAAAAAUCGAAACGAUUUUGGAGCAACAAUGAGUUCUAUCACAAAACAUCAGUAAACAGCGAAGAAAGUGUAGAUGAAAGCAAUAAAAAACUUCUGUUGAAUAAAAAGCUAUCACCUCUUAUUCGAACCAAAUCAAAUUAUACUAAUCCUCAAAACCCUCUCACGCAAUCUGACGAAGACAUAAAAAGUAAAGACAGUAAAAGUGCACUUGAUAAAUUGAUUAACGCUGCAACUCAAGUUGAUACUGAAGAUAUAGGUAAAUUGCAGAAAAUGGAAACAUUUAAGGAAAGAGCUGUAAACACAGAAUUGUUUGAAAACAAUAAAAUAAACAAAUCUCAAAUUAAACCUGACGCAAAUGCUACUGUUGUGAAUAAUAAAAACGAAAAUGAAAUCGGUUCCUCAUUAGAUUCCUUACUAAAACAUGUCCAUGGUUUAGAUAAGUCUUACAGUGGUACUUUAAGUGAAACCUCAGUAGAUCCUAUGGAAAACAUACUUGAAAGAGAAUAUCGAAAGAUAUUUUCAGAAAGAUCUAGGGAUUGUUCUUGCAGUAACAAACUCUGUAAAACCAAUAGCGAUACUUUAUUGCGUCGCUUUGAAGCUUUACGCGAUGGUGUGUCUAGCAAGGAAGAAUCAAAACGAAAUACAUCAUUGUUGUCAAGAUCUUUAAGUGACUUAUUUGAACCUAAUUAUAGAGAUAUGUCCAUAGUUUCCGACCCUCCUUCUUUGCUGUCACAAUCUUGUAUUAAUACAAAAACUACCAGUCCAUUUUCGAGUAAUAUUUAUGAAAAAGACAUUAUGAAGAUAUCACAUAAAAAAACUUUGACCAAUACAAAAAUUGAAAAUAACUCAAAUUGCCGUCAUUCUGACAUAGAAGAAGAAAGAAGUGACUAUCAAGGUAUAAAAGGAAUGUUCAAAUUGUGGAGUAAGAAAUUCAGUUUAGAGGAAGGUUUGUAUAGGAAAAGUAAAUCCAAAUGUACAGGUUCGAAUAAAAAAUCCGAAGGAAGUAUUAGAUCUUAUUCAAAUAAACUUUUAAAUAGCAAAUCUUCAGAAAAGAAAGGAGGAAAAAGGUUUCGUUUCUUUAAAAAGAAAUCUAUACAAAAAGAUGUAAUGACAGGAAGAUGUGAGGUUAGAGAGGGUUUAAAUAUAAAAAUUGGAAAAGCUUCAACACCAGAUUAUAAAUCGAAAGCAAUAAGGAAAAUAAUUGAACAAAAUGAAGACGUGUUAUUAAAAGCUUGGCUUCAAAAGUUUAUAUCAAAAUCAAAUGAGUCUAAGAAAAGUUUAGUAACGAGAUGGGGUGAUAACAUAUAUAGUGGUACCAGUAAUUCAACUGAAAUGCCAGUAAAUACUUCCCGUACGGAUACUUUGUCAUUAAUUAAAAAUAAUACGUUGACCCAUUCGUCACACAAAGAAAAUCAAAAGUCCUUGGUGAAUUCUUCUAAACAAUAUAUUCAAGCUUGGAUGAUUCCUCAAAUAAUACUAGAUAGGUUAACAAGAACUAAAAUAUACAGGAAUGUAAAAAAUGACAAAUAUUACAUAAAUAAUAAGAAUAAGAUAGAUUCAAUUACAUACUUAAACGAAAAAACAAAAGUAUUAUUACGUGACAAUAAUAACUGUUGGAAAGAAAAUUUUGAUUCAAGUUCCGAAUAUGUAAUGUUAAAUAUUUCCUUGGGAUAUCUUAAUGAAUUCGGUUAUCAAAGUAAUGUACAAUAUCAAAGUGAUGAAGAAUUAUAUCAAGUAAUUGAUUAUGAAACACCUUUGUCAAGUGCAAUAAUCCUAAGGAAAAAAAUUCUUAAUCAUAAUGUUGGCAAAGGAAACCUUGCUUCAAAUCAUAUGACAAAUAUAAAUCGUAUAAAAAACGUUACGAAUUACAGAAAAAAAUGUAAAGAAAUUAUUAGAAAGAAAAAACGAAAGUGUAAUGGUGAGAUAUAUCAGUACGACGACAUAAAAGUUAAUAGAAAAUGUGACUCCAGCGGAGUUGGAAUAAUCCCGGGAAGUGAUGUCAAGAGCGUACGAAAUCUAGUGUAUUUUGAACGCCCAAAGAUCGCAACGGAUGACGAGUCAGAAGAAACAAUAUAUCUCGUACCAGAGCACUACAAAAUUACAGAAAUAUAUCUACGUGACUACUGUCACAGCUGGAUUCCACUUGAAGUAGAACUGGAUUCAUGGUGUAUUAGCGAUUCCAAUAUACAAAAGAGUUUAGAUAAUUCCUUACUUAACAAUUCUAAAACAAUACCGAAUAGAUCCGAUUUUCGAUCCAUAAUAAUUUCUUCCUGCGAAACAUCGAUCAAAGAUCUAGAGAAAUCCGAAGAGAAAGAAAAUACCACUAUUGAUAUACGUGUUCAACCGAAAGACUCAGUUGAGGUCUUUAAAAAAAGAAAAUUAUAUCACAACGGUAACAAAACUAAAUGGAAAUUUGAUGACCCGUUUCCUAGUUCGGUAUCGAAUUCAACAAACCCGCUGAUUUCUAAUACACCGGAAGAUAAACAAAACAAAUCUAACAAGAAACGUGUUUUUAUAUCUAAUGAUAUACCUCAAAUACAUUCAAAUGAGUUUAAAAGUAGUAACGCAUAUGAAGAAGAAUCUUUGAAAAAUUCUAUUAUUUUAUCCCCAACAAAAUCAGAAAAUUUACAAUCAAUUCGUAGGGAACCUUAUGAAAGGAUAAAUGAAUUACCAUUAUUUUCAUCAACUGAUGCCGACUGCAAGUUAAAUACUAAUCACAACUUAUCAAAUUUAGACACUGAGAACAAAAAUUCAACGUCGACUCCCCUAACUUUAUUGAUAAAAUCAAAUCAAAUCUCACCAAAAAAUACAGAGACUCUAAAAUAUUCAGAUUUAGAAAUUAAAUCACCACAAAGAGUUUGUUCUCCUCAGUGCUCUAAAUAUUCAGUUACUAUACUGAAAAGUAAAGCAGAUUUUAACGUUGCACCUCCCGAAAUAAUUAAUGAUACGUGCACAAAAUCGGAAAGUCAUUCUUUCGAGUCUUCAAAACAUAGUACCAUAAAGAGUUUGUUUCAAAAAAUGCGUCCAAAACAACACGCUAAUAUAAAAAGUUCUGAAGAAUCUUUGAAAACAGUCAAGUCAGCCGUUAAAAAAAUUAUGAUUACAACUGACAUACAAGAAAUCUCUUCUUCAUUCGAAACAUCCAUUCUUAGAGAAGAUGUAACCGUUUCAGUACCAAAAGUAAAUAGCCCAAAAAUAAGCAAAAGUAAAACUAAAACGCCUGGUGUGUACUUUAAAAAGCAGCCAUUAAAAAGGAAAGAAUCUACGGCAUGUUCAUGCACUAAAAAGGACGAUGAGAAUAAAUAUGUCACACGUGAUUAUAAUGAUAACAAGAGAAAAUCGCAACUAGAAAGUAGUGCAAAUAUCAACGUAAAUACUCAAGAAAAAGAAAGUGAACGUUUAAAAGAAAAAGAACAUAAAGAAACCAAUACAUCUAAUUUAAAAGACAGUAAAAACUCCAAAAUUUGCCUAAUAUCAACAACAAAUUCAUUAAAAAAUACAUGUAAUAUCAUUGGAAGCAGUACGGACCUAAUAGAAAUAAAUUUUUCAGUAAAAUGCAAAAAGGGUGGUGAUACGACUAUGUCUGUUAAUGUAAAUGACAUUCGUGAUUCUGAUAUAAAAGAUCAAAACGGAAAGGCGCACGAAAAUAAUAUAAAGUGUAACAAUUCUGAACACGCAAGUCAGUACGUUAGUGAUAAAAACGAUAUGAAUGAUAUAAAUAUUAGAAUUUUAAUUACGAAUGGCAAACAACAGCAUGAUUCUAAGAAAAAUAACUUGAACAGAGAUGAAUUUCCUAAAAUAAUAUCAGACAAUUUUCUUCCAUCCACCUUAAUUUUCAAUGAAUCAAAAAAACAUAAUUCUGACACGGAUCAUAGUUUAACCGACAAUUUUAUAUCAUUGAUUGAAAAAAAUUGCCACAAUAAACCUACAGACGAAACAAAUGAGGUGGAAUCAGCCAGAAUCUUGGAAGAAAACCUAAGGAAAAUUGAAAUAAUUCGUUCAUACAGUUCAAAAGAAUUUUUUGAAAAUUCAAUUCAGCAAAGGCUUAAAAAAAAGGAGUCUAAUUUGGAUAAUUCCAACUUCACUAAUAUUAUAACAGGACCGAUUGUGCAAAAUACUUCCAAAAACACAACUAUUUCAAAUCAUAAAGAGCAUAAAAUGAACGUAUUACAAAAAAUCUUCGUUAAUGCUAAAGAUAUUAAGAAAAACAAGAAGAAACUAAGGAACGCACGAAAAAUUUUGCAAGCAAUACUAAUUAAUUCUGACCGUAGCAACAAAAAAGAAAUCAAAAAAUGUACUUACAAUUUAUCAAACCAAUUAAAUAAUACCAGAUUACAAUCAAAUUUUACUGCGGACAUCAACCAGUCACAUAUUUUUCGUCACUUUGGUAGUGUCUUACGGAUAAACGAACCAAGUAUGAUAAAUAUUAAUAAUUAUGUGUAUCCUACUGCGAAAAUUCCAAAUAAAAGUAAUAAAUCCAAAAGAAGAACGUUAAUAUUAAAUAGUCCUGACAGAAAUGAAAAAUGCUUUUGCAAAAUACUCGCUGCAAGGUUAGGACUGAUGGAUGUUAGAACAUGUGAAUGUCAGUCUCUCAAAACAAAACUAAAUAAUGUUAGUAACAGAACUCAACCUAUGACUUUGCCGAAUAUGGAAAUUUCUGAUUAUAAUGCCAUAAAUCAAAAUUUUAUAUCUUUACACAAUAACAUAAAGAAAAAUAGCGAAGAAAAUCAUUGGAAAGAUUGUACUUUGAAACCAAAAUAUCCGGAUGUGAAAGAAUUACUGACAGAAGAACAAAUAUCGCGACUAAAAAAUACUAUAAAAAAGGUAUACUCUAAUUAUUCGCAAAACAUUUGUUUGGAUGAUUAUAAAAUUAAAAAUUUAAAUAAAAAUGCAAUCGCCAGUUUAUACAAUGAAAACAAAAUAAUUUUAACGAACUGUAAUUCAGCAGAAGAAAAAUGCACAAAUUUCCAUGAAUAUAGAGAAAAACAGACACAUUGUAAGUACUCAAAAAGCAAGCGAGAUAUUUUUCAAUUGCCAGAAAUCAAAGAAGCUGUUUUGGAUAUGUACGCCUUAAAAGGUACUACGGAUAAUUCCGAUUUAUUAGCCGUAAUGCCCAAAUUUGUAUGUGAUGUUGAAAAAUUUUUUGGUUAA